AUGCCUCGCGCGGCGCUGGUCUACAACCUGCUGUUGCUUUGCGUCAGGUGGUCCCGGUGCGGCGCGCUGCUGGGCGCCAACAUCGUGUGCGCGCGCGGGCUCACGGAGCGUCAGCGCGCGCUGUGCCACGCCGCGCCCGCCGCCGUCGCCGCGCUCGGCAACGGGCUCAGCAUGGCGUACGCGGAGUGCCGCGCACAGCUGGCGGGCCGGCGCUGGAACUGCUCCGGCGUGGGCGACGACCCGCGCCUCGGGCACGUGCUGCCGCUGGCGACGCGCGAGGCGGCGUUCACAUACGCGAUCACCGCGGCGGGCGUGACGCACGCGCUCAGCGAGGCGUGCGCGCGCGGCGACCUGCCCGCCUGCGCCUGCGCCGCCAACAGGAGACGGUUCUCGGGCGCAGCUGAACAGUUCGAGUACGGCGGCUGCGGCGAGGCGUCGUUCGGCGCGCGGUUCGCACGGCGCUUCCUCGACGCGCGCGAGCUCGAGGCCGACGCGCGCGCUGCCAUGAACCUGCACAACAACCGCGUCGGCAGGAAGGUGGUGAAGGAAAUGGUGCGGCGCGAGUGCAAAUGCCACGGCGUGUCGGGAUCGUGCGCGGUCCGCACGUGCUGGCGUGCGCUGCCGCCCUUUCCCGCCGUGGGCGCCGCCCUGCGCGACAAGCUGCGGCGCGCCAAGCACGUGGUGGCUGAGGAGUAUGACCUGCGGGGUCUGCACGCGAGAGCUGUGGCGCUGAGGCACCCGCGGCUGGUUGUGCGGAGGACCGGCAAGCCGCCGCGCAAGUCGGAGCUGGUGUUCCUGGCGAAGUCGCCGCAGUACUGCGAGCCCGACGCCGCCGCCGCCGCGCCCGGCACGCACGGCCGCCACUGCAACCGCACCUCCAAGGGCGAGGACGGCUGCGACCUGCUGUGCUGCGGGCGCGGCUACAGCACGGUGACGCUGGUCCGCGAGGCCAAGUGCCGCUGCCAGUUCCACUGGUGCUGCUCCGUCUCCUGCCACUCCUGCGUCACGCGCACCGACACGCACGUCUGCAACUGACCACACACACCUUGAUGACGAUGAUGAGUUAUCCGACCUAUUUAGGAUUUCGGCCAUGGCGACCAUUGCGACUCCUGUCUUACGGGACUAUUCCCACCUCUCGUUCCCACCACUGCAACUCCUGUUUAGCCAGGAUCUACAGCUUGACCGCCACAAAAACCCAACCAAUGAAGGUCAAGUUUGUCCCGGGGGAAAGUCAAACUGUCAUUGGACCCGCAACGAAAUUAAUCAGAAGAACAUAAGAGGAGUUCGAAAUUAUGGUUCGACUUCCCUCCAUUGCAAAGCGGAUGUCAGGUGACAAACAAAGGUUUAAAACCUUUAAGAAAAGACCUGUCUUGGCGGCUCUGUUGCGCCCGAAGAUGGCUUACUUAGCCGAUCUUCGAAGCAAAACCAAUAAGGGCGUCUAAGCACGCCUCCAACAUAAUUAUACUGAAUGGCGCCAGAUGGAAAAGCCUUUAAACAGUUGUGCGCUGCUCCUCGAACUCGCGGACUCGCCUCUUCACAAUCUCCCGCCAUCUUAGGUGCUGUGCUGCCAAACCUUUUCCCAUUGAGAGAACUCUGGAUCGAUUCCACUUCAAUGUUAUGAUUAUAGAGAAGAAUAGCUGCUGAAUUCAAACGGAAAGAGGCAUAUGACACCAUGACUCUAAACUAGCAGAGAUGAAACUCCAUAGCAUGGGUCUACAAAUGAAUUUAAUCUGAAAUUACGCAAAUAAAUAAAUUUGAUUUGACAACCUUACAGAAUUUUCAGGAAGCAAGUACCUAAAUGACGUUACGUUGCAUCAUCCAUCGAGUUUAAAAUUCGUCGUCUUAAUUUUUUUCAGAGAACUCGAUCGAUAAUAAUGUUGUGAUUUACAAGAGGUGAAGAAGAACUAUGUAAAGUAAAAAACAAAUGUGAAGUGAAGUGUAGUGCGUAGUGUUUAAAACAAUAAUCAAACACAGUGACUGAUAAACUAACAUUUGACCGUCCACUUACUUUAAAUAUCUAAGUUUAUUAAAAAAAACAAUGUUACUGACCUACUGAUUCAUGUGUUAUCAACUUUAGUACCUCUAAUUAACUAAUGAAAAGUGCUUUGUCUUUUAAAAUCGAACAACAAGCUUCUUGACUGAAAGAAAAAGCAUUUUUCGUUUGUAAAUAUGAGGGUAUUGUGAAAUAUUAACUGUGCUCUACAUUUUUCAUGAUACAGCUAAAUACAACAUUUUACGUAAUGGAAUAAUCCUUGUAACUUAACUGAAAUCAUUAUUCUAAUAAAAAUUGUAUCGCCAGUAGAUUGAACAUUCCCGCCAGUAUUUUAUGUACUUAAUAAUUACUUAAACGCAUAAUAUUUUAUUUAUUCAUAAUAAUUAGUGUUAAGUCGAACAAAUUCUCGAAUGACGCUUAAUGUUUUGAUAUUAUGUUUACGAUAAUAUUUAAUUUUAUACUUACUCUUUCUUAUUUUUGGUUUCACACGUAUUUUUUUCAGCAUUGGAAUUUUCUUGCUCACAAAAAGCACUUAAUUAAUACUUUUAUUUAAAACCAAUACGGCAUGGCCGUAGAUCUUUAUUUGUUUUUUUUUUAAUUUUUCACUAACGACGAGUGUUAAGUGUAAUUUUUUAAUAUCAUUAUUUUUGCAAAACCGAACCGUUCAGACUUUGCCCUGUUUCAACUCCUGAUAAUGUAUUAAUAGGGUUGUUGUCCCAACAUAAAUAAAGCCAGCUUGCCAGCACAAGUAACUUAGUAUUAUGAUGACAUGCAUUUAACGUGCAACUUGACGGCUUUAAAUUAUGAGUAUUUUGCAUAUCAAUAAUAAGAUGUAUCUAAUCAUCUGUGUAUGGUUCUUUCUAAGCUCUGCUUACUCGUAUGUGUUAUUUUACAGGCUGUAUUAUAAAAGAAAUGAGAUCAGUGAUUGAAAAUAUGUAAUCACGAUGCUUACUUGAUGCACUCUACUUUUACUUUAGAUAAAUAUUAUUUGCCAAUAAGAGCUGCAAUCCUAUCCUAAAAAACGCAUUUAUUAAUAAAAAAAAAUAUGUCUGACGCAGGGCGGCGCGCACUUUACAUUCCUUAAGAUAAUUAACUUAUUCACUUCAUUCGUUCGAUUUUUAAUAAAACAUUGUUUUG